CCUACCAGGUCAGUAUUCCCAUUCCCAGGCACAAAAGCCAGAGGUGACGCAACUGGGGCUCUCUGGGGUUAUAUAAGGGCUUUCACUUCUCACCCUGGGGCACUGGACACCUCCAGCUCUCACCUCCAGCCAGACUGCUGCUGAACUCUCAUCCCAGCACCUUCACUGCUGCUCAGAUCCUUUUAGACAUGGAGCUCCUCGCCUGGAUCAUUGUCCUUCUCCCAGUUUUCCAGAUUUCUGCCUCUCCAGUGCUGGUUACAGAGAGAGUCCAAACAGCAGAGGAUAAAGGUGGCGAUGAAGUUUCUGCCAUGGAAGUGAUUAUUAAUGUCAACUCUGUGGAAACAAUGCCCUUCACAUCACGCCACUCCAUCAGAUUUACAGAUAUUGCCUACUCCAACCAGAGGAGCGCUCUGAUCUGCCCCAGGGGUCGACAGUGCUUCUGGCCCAAGUCCUCUGAUGGAGCUGUGUACAUACCAUACGUCAUAGACCCAGUAUUCUCUGUUCCUCAAAGAGUUCAGAUCAAUCAAGCCCUGUCUGCGAUCUCCACUGUCACCUGUAUCGUCUUCACUCCCCGAUCCAGAGAGAGAGAUUACUUAAACUUCCGCUCCCUCGAUGGCUGUUGGUCUUCCCUUGGACGCACAGGAGGGCAACAGGACAUCUCACUGUCCAGGACUGGCUGCGUGCAGAAAAACAUCAUCAGCCAUGAGAUGAUGCAUGCCCUGGGCUUCAUCCAUGAGCACAACCGGGGCGACAGAGACCGCUACAUCAAGGUCCUGUGGGAUAACAUCACGCCAGGUUUUGAAAGUGACUUUGUUAAGAGAGUCACCAAUAACCUGGGCACUCCUUAUGACUAUGACUCAAUUCUGCAUUACAAAUCGGGAUUUUUUGCUAAACACAGUGGUUUGAAAACACUGGUACCCAUUCCGGACAGCAACAGGAAAAUAGGUCAGAGCAGCUGGCUGACCAAAACGGAUAUCCUGAAGAUCAACAGACUUUAUGAGUGUAAAGGAGAAUCUAAGAGCAGGGCUUCCACCCAUACCCCUACAACCAAGACAACUGGAACAACCAGAAGAGCCACUCGUCCUGUUGUUGGCCCCACCAUUGAGCCCAACACCCCCACAGGAACAGAUUUCCCGAGCUGUAUCGCUUUAUUUCUGCGGAAGAAUCCCACCGCCAACGGCGCAGGAUAA